AACAGAAAAGUUUGAAAAUACUAUUUGAAUGCCAUGUUCAAUUUGGUUCCAUUUAGCUUGUGGGACCAAAUGAUUUGUCAGGACAGAUAAUUACUAUUGCAUUAAAAGUAAACUCAAACAUCUCACCACGUUAAAGUCAAAGGCUUAAUAAAAAAAAUACAGCAAGACAUAAAAAUCCUCCGAAGCUAAAAUAAAUACUUGUAGAUAACAUUACAAGGACAGAAAGACGAUUCUGUCUCAUGGAAAUAUUCAAAAUGUGCUGCAGCUGGAAUCCUCUGGAUUCCAGAGCAGUCAGUGAAGGCAUCACCAGAGCUUUACUUUCACUUUCAUUUCUGUCGAAGCGAACAUUGAAGGUGAGGAUCCCCAGCUUUAGCAUCAGUUCAAUCUCUAAUCCGGGCAGUGAAACGGUCCUCAGCGUCAUCAUAAAUCUGAUUUCAGAUAAUUCAGGUUUCUGAAGAGGAGUGGGAGGUCUGUCCUGGAGACUGAAGUCAUAUCAUCAUGAGUGACAGCAGCAGCAGCAGCAGCAGCAGCGUCCUGUUCUCCAUGCUCCAGCAGCUGCAGAGUCAUUUUACCUGGGAUCUGAAGAAGGAAGACAUGGAACUUGAAAACCUGAGCACUCGACUGGGAGAGCACAUAGAUCUUCAGCUGGGUUGUUAUUGUCGACUCAAUAAGUUUGCACUGCUGCCACACAUGAUAAAAUAUCCCAACAGCUCCUCCGAGGUUUUCCAUCCGGAGGUGUAUGGGGAGAAAGGCUGGACCUACCUCAAGUUAUCUAAGUCUUACUACCUCAAAGCUAUUAAGUGCUUCCAAAUGGCCCUGGAGGUCCAGAAAGAUGACAGUGAGUGGAAUGCCGGCUAUGCCAUUGCCCUCUUCCGAACAGACAGGGAUACUCCAGAAGCAUCUGAGAAAGCCAUGGGCUCUACUGCCAUCACACAGCUUCGGCGAGCCCUGGAGCUCAGCCCGGAUGACGGGGUUCUGCUGUCCAUGCUGGCUGUGAAGUUGGGUGUCGAGAAAAAAUAUGAAGAGGCUGAAAGUCUUGUGGAGAAGGCAAUGGAAAUUGCCCCAGAUAACCCUCAUGCAAUGCGCUACAUCAGCAAAUACUUCCGUGCCCAGGGAAAUAUUGAACAGUCAAUUGAGCUGCUGGAGCGAGCGCUGGAGAGGAGCAACACAUCAGCAUUCAUCUACCAUCAGCUGGGCAUGUGCUACAAAAGGAAGAAGAUUAAUGAGCAGAAGAUAAAGCAUUACGAUAAGCAAAAAGUGCAACAGUUACGACGUCAGUGCAUUCAUAACCUGGAAAAGGCAGUGGAGAUUAAACCUUCCUUUGUGUUCGCGCGGGUAGACCUGGCUCAAAUGUAUGGAGAAGAGAACAACCUCAGCAGGGCUGAGGAAAUGUUUCAGCUUUGCUUCAAGGACUCAUCUGACAAAAACAAUCGUCAGCUUAUUCACCAGCGAUACGCUGCAUUUCAUUUCUAUCAGACCAAGAAGCAGGAUGAAGCAAUUACUCACUACACAGAGGGUCUAAAACUGGCACGAGAAACAUGGGAAUGGAAGGAGUGUAUUAAGAAGCUGAAGAAGAUUGCAGAUAGUCGCCUUUCUGAAGACGAGGAUGACUGCUUGGCUUAUUCUGUUUUGGCUCAAGUGGCCAAAGCUGAAGGAGACAAGAACAAAGCUGCAGAGCUUUAUGAGAAAGCUCUGGACUGUGAUGAAAACAACAGCAAGUACCUGUAUGCUCUGUGGGAGUUGCGAAUGGAGCAGAACUGAUUUAUCACCACUUAUUUAAAAUAACUAUUUAUUUGGAUGUGAAAUUAGCAUGUUGAAUUGAGACAUGUCACAUGACUCUAAAGACACUGUUUUUUUAAAUUGAACUGUUUUGCUGCAGAUUUAAUGUUUUUCUUGAAUUGCGCUGCUUUCGGUGGCAGCAUGUUGGAGUAGCUCCUUACUGCAUUGAGUUUGUUUUUUAUUCAGUGGGUAGAAAAUCCAGAAAUAUGUACAGGAUAAUAAAAAUACUCCUUUUUCAAAAAAGUUACUGAAGUAACUAAUUGAGUAAAUGUAACUAGUUACUCUCAACUCUGCCCAGAUUAAACCUUUUACCACCUAGACGUUUCCUCACCUACAUACCUCCAGCCCUCUGUUCCACAGACAUCCUUUCACAGCUGCAGAUUAUGCCUUGCAUAACCUCCUCAACUGGCCCACUGCACAAAAAAAAAGAAGAUAAUAAACCGUUAUUAGUCUCCGUUCGCAUGGUGGAGCGCAUUAAGCUUCUUAUGCAAACAGAUUUCAGACUGAUUUACAUAACAGAAGAAGAAGAAGCAGACAGACAAU